CUUUGGAAUGCCUUCACCGGCCAUCGCCUUCAUCCUUUCAUCAUGCUUUGUCCUCACUCACGCCCGAUGGGCCACCGACGGCACGGCCAGCAGCCUCCUGCCCGCCCUCAUCAGGGCGUCCAGUGGCAACCGCACCGCCCCUGUGGGAGACGCUGAGAGAGGCUGCCACAGAAGCGACCCCGAGUGCAAAGAAAAGCUCAUCUUCGUUGUCGAGGUGGGCAAAGCAUUGCAGACCCCAUGAAAAUGUGUUACAUGUCUGUCUGCGGUGUACGUGUCCUCGACAUCAAGUUGGGUGCCCCCUCUGCAUGCACUGCAGGUGUGCCGGCAUGGCAACCGCUCGCCCUACCACUACUUCGAGAAGGACACAAAGAACGGGCUCGACACAUGGUCAGUGAGUGAGUGAGCAGCACAUGCCUUCAGGAGACUCUUUCUUUGGUGUUUGCACUGACUGUGCUGUGGUGGCUGGGCCGCAGGGAGGGUGUGGCGGAGAAGGGCUGGCUGACGAGGCUUGGAAUGCUGCAGCACUACCUGAUCGGCGCUAUAGCCCGCAAGAAGUACGUCCGGACCUAUCGGCUGCUCAGCGGCAGGUACACGCCACGGGAGGUGUACGUCCGCUCCACUCUCGUGCCGCGCCGUCCUCUCCGCCCAGUCACAAAUGGCAGGCAAGCACAUUCCCACCUCACACACACACAUGCAUUGCAGCCCCCCACCCAUUCAGCGUGUCUUUCAUAUCAGGUUUGUUUCCUCCCGGUUCGGGCCACCACUUCACAAUGGCUCAGGAGGACAUGCGCGAUGCGCUCUACAGGGAGACCGGCAAGAUCAGCCCCAUCCGCCAACACCUCUCACUUCACAGCAACGGCACAGUCGGCGAAGACGACCCCACCGAGACCAUCCAGAAAAUGGGCGACGCCGCAUCGCUCGACAUCAAACAGGUGACCAAACGAGCCACGAGACACCCUUUGUGAUAUGUGUGUGUGUGUUUGCGUGUGGUGGUAAUGGUGGUGAAUCAGGUGGUCGGUUCUGGGUGCAGCCCGCUGCCCCAGGCUUUCGACAUGGUGCCGGUGUACACUGUCGAGAAAGAAGAGGACACCCUGCUCCUCGGCUUCGAGGACGACAUAUGUGACCAAUUCAAAGACGAGUACAUGGCGACACACAAAUGCACCGCAUUCCACAGCCCGAUGAUGGCGCGGCACGAGGCCGUCCUGGAGGGGCACGUCAAGGGCGCACAGAAAUCCAACUCCGCCUCAUGCGGCAAGACCAGCACUCAGGUGAUGGAGCACUUCAAGGGCAUCCUGGACAGGGCUGACAAGGCCCUCGGCAAGAGUCUGUUCGAGCCGGGCAAGGCUGUAAACGCUGACAUUCAUGUGGCGUCACACAUGGCGGACGCUGUCGUCUGCCAGAUUGCUGACGGCCGGAGACCCGCCAUCAAAGACGCAGUAAUGGAGCUAGGGAGAUACUUGACGAGUGCAUUGUCAGCACCCGAGACACUGCAUGUGACUCUGCUUUGUGUGUUAGGACGUCAUCAAGGGGUACCGUAUAGAAGAAAGACAUGUCUGCUGCAUCGAUUGACACAUCCAUCCAAUUGCAUCCAUCCGUCCAUCCAUCCAUCCGCGUCUCUGUGCGCCUCAGGUUGAUCGACCUUCUCGACGCCUACUUCUCCAUCCGGUUUGCCGACCCCGUCAUCGCCUCACACGGCUCUGCAGGUACGAUGAGCAGGCUGCAUGCAGAGAGAGACACAAGCCCCGCAUGACCUCUUUGUCUGUGUGCUGCAUCAGAGUUCUACAAGCUGCUGGCGUCCCUCUUUGAGAGCAAGGCCGCCCUGGCCAAGGACCCCACGAGUGCCCUGGCACUUAGGACAGGAAGAGAGGCACUCAAGGGGGCCCCAGGGCUGGCGGAGGCAGCCAACGUGUGGGAGACACUGAGAUUCCUCUACCUCUCGGCACAUGACAGCACCGUGGCCGCAUUCAUCGCAGCACUCGGCGUCUUCAACGGCGUGCAGCCACACUUCGCUUCGGUGAGGGAGGGAGGGAGACAGGAAAUGACCGCUGUGUAUCGUUCGGUGGAGGAGCUGUGUGUGCGUGUGCGUCUGCUAGACCAUCUUCUUUGAGCUGUGGCAGAAGGGGCCCUCCGGCGACUUCUUCGUCCGGGUCAUUUACAACGGUGACGCUAUGGGUGUGUGUGGCGAGGGCAUUCAGGACUGCCCUUUGACGCAAUUCCUCGACAAGAUCCGAAAGAUUGGCGGCGGGAUGAAGGUGAAUGAGUUUUGUCUGCAGCCCCCGCCCUCACCCCAGCAGACGUGAUGGAUUGACUGAUUGAUGAGACACACACUGCUCUCCCUGGCGGUGGCUGCAUACCGAGACACUGAUACAAAUGGGCGGAUGGAUGGAUGGAUCGGUCAAUCACCAGAAGGUCCAACUUCUGUCCAUCCAUUCACCAACCAUCGGUGACAAAUUAAG